GGCCACAGUGGCCCAAUGAAAAUUAACCUAAACCAAAAGCCCACAGCACUAUCCUCCCCCGGUCCGGCUGCUACAGUCUCCAAAACAUGAGAACUGAAGUCCGAGAAACACCUGCCGGAACUGAAUGGAGAGGAGAGGCAUAAUUUUAAUUUAGCAGGCAAAAUCCAAGAAUCAAAGAAAAGAAAGAGAUGGAAGUGCUAGGAUCAACGAAACCAAUGAUAGCAACACAGGAAGAAAUGGUGGAGGCAAGGGUCCCUAUUCCAUAUAGAGACCAAUGCGCCCAUUUGCUGAUCCCACUCAACAAGUGUAGGCACGCCGAGUUCUUUCUUCCAUGGAAGUGUGAGAACGAGCGCCAUAUAUAUGAGAAGUGUGAGUAUGAACUUGUCAUGGAGCGAAUGCUUCAGAUGCGGAAGAUCCGUGAAGCUGAGGCCAACCUCAAGCAAUCCCACAAACAAGGAACCAUCCCUCUCAUUCCCAAGACUGCAAAUGCUUAGUUUCUGUUUCUUUCAAUGUUCUGGGAGCUUUGAAAUCACGAGAAAUGGAUCCUAAGAUUUUUUGGCUGCUGUUGGUGGGAAGUAGUUUCACUGGGAACUGUCUGUGAAGUCAAAUGUAAAAUACUCAAUAAUUUUCUUAUACUUUUUCAUGCAAUAAGUUCCUAACUGGCUCAGAUAAUUCAUGUUUCUCAUCUUUUACUGGAUUUGAAUUUGGCAAAAUUGAACUUUAUGGAUGA